AUGGUUCAACUGUGUUUCGUUCUUGAUCUUCGAAGCUUGGCACCUCCAUUGCUAGGAGACCUAAAGCAGUCACUACUUCAACUCGUUAAUUUCUACGCGAUUUCGAGUUCGAGUUCGUCUUCGCGCAAAUCUGCUACUCUCAGUGAUAGAAUCGGUUUGUGCUAUGUCGUCAAGAAUCGACUCACUUCUUCUGACGAGUUGAUGAUUGCUUACCGUCCAGUGGGAGAUUUCAACCUGCGCGAUUUUCACCAGGCUGUUAACAGUUUGCCAUCAGAUGCCUAUGUGUUUGAUAUGGAUAACGUAUCUGAUGUAAUGAUUUCAGAUGUUUUGAGCGAACGAGUAUUGUAUUCUUGGCAAGGUAAAGAUAUUGAGAGAAAAGUGAUAGUCAUAACUUCAAUCUUGCCUGAAGAUGUGGAUUCUGUAAUGCAGAAGAGCCUCAUGGAUGCUGCAGAUAAAUGUGUUUCAGUUGAUUUUGCUGUAUUUCAGCCGAAGUCAAGUCAUCUGAUUGAUUCGCGUGAAAACAUUAACAAUUUCCGUCGUUGCAUUUCUCAUCUUGAUAAUUGCUCAGUUCAGACCUACAUCACAGAUUUCAGAUCAUUCAACGGCAUGGUUAAAAGAUGGCUGCAGUAUUUGAAAGAUGACAUGGACAAGCCCCUGCAAGCACGUCUCAUUUUCAAGGAUAAACUUUUAGAUUCUGUGAACCAUAUAUUCUGCAACCUGCUUCCACCGGUGAAUCCAAUAGCUAACGGCUUCAGUCAAUGUCAGACAUGCAGAUGCCAUGGCAUUCCUUUAGGAAAUGCUGAAAAAAAACUCAAUAUGUUUUCCUGUCCAGUCACUGGCUCCAAUCUGGAAACAAGUGAUGUUAAUGAAAAUUCUGUUCGAGUUGGGGAACAAACAAUUUUGUUUCUUCCCUCAUUCCAUAAUUCACUGAAGCUCCUGCCAGUUUAUUCACCAAUCAAUGUAACUGUUACUGAGAGGGUAAACUUGGCUUCUCUUGAUGAAGGUCUAAUAUUGGGGGCUUCAUUUGUCGUGACUGCAUCGUCUUAUCACGUGAUCGAAACCAAUUCCGAUGACGCUGAUCAGUCAGACAUGAAUGCUCAACUUUUUCAAGGCCUUUCUAGUGUUCUACAUUCAAUGGACCAGGGUUUGAUAUGCUCUUCAAAUUGUGAUUUAGAAACAAUGACAGAGGCUCCUUAUCAUUGUUAUUACAUUCUGCAGCCGUCAGAUAAAGGACCAAUGCAUAUGAGACGCCUUGCAGGGGCAGAAGAAGUCAAACAAGCUCCUGACAACCAAUUAAUUGAUCCAUUGGUCAAUAAAGAUGUAGAGAACUCUGUUCAAGCCUGUUUGCUUAAGAUUGAUGUAACAGAUUAUGAUCCGCUGUUGCAUGAAAGAGGCUUUCAUCAAAAACUAAAUGUGCUUGUCAAAGAAAGCCUACAAUUGGGGUCAGUAUUUCCCAAAACGGAUGGUGCGUUUUCUGAACUAAGCUCAAGUCAACAACCUUCAUCUGAGGUGAUCGGGAGAGCAAAAUCAGCAAAUAAUGUCGUUGUUGUGGAUGAGGAAAUUUUGUCUAUGGAUAUUACGGAUCAAGAUGACAGAACCAUGGCCUGUAUUACAGAAGAAUGGAAGCAAUUGGUUGUAAAUGAAGAGCCUAAGCUGUACUCUCCAUCUUGCAUGCCCAAAGCCAAGUUGGAUCAAUCAAGUAUAGCACCGCAAAAUGGUAAUAGACAGCUAGACAAGGAAACUUCAAGGAUUUUGGAGAGAUUGGAGGUUCCAAGGCCAUUGAAAGGAAAGAAGGCCUCUCCUGUUUCAAAUGAAAGUUGUGUGAAACAUAAAACUGUGUCUACAAAGAAGCCUCUAAUACCAUUCCAGCCAACUCAAAAUACAGAACAAGUCAUAAUCAGCAGCCAGCUAUUGAAACCAAAUUUCCAGAGGCAGAAAAGAAAGCAAAGAUGA